AUGAACGAUGUAGACAUAGAGGAUUACCACAGGAACAUCCUCCAAGAGCUGAGCGCAGUCGAAGAGGAGGGGGAAAUAUCCUUGUCUAUAUUUUUAAACGACUUAAUAGAUAUCGACAUCGAAUCAAAUUUUAACUUCAGCUACCAAGUGGUGAGUCGGGUGUUGCAAAUAUGUGUGAACUCGCUAAACAGUAAUUUGAUCACAUUGGCAGAUGCGUGCAUGCACUUUAUGCGUUACAGCAUCAGUAGGUGCCUAAAAUUGGAGGAAGAAAUAAAUCAACCCUUCUUUGACAGUAUCAACACGAUAGUGAAAAUAUGUCUUAACAUGAGAUACUUUAUCGAUAAUAGAUCCUUACAGUUUCAAAGAGCAUUCUUAUCUCUCAUCAUCGAGUUGGAUAAAAGUUUUCCCAAAUUUAUGAUUCUAUGGAAAGGGUACAAAACGGAGAUGUGUACAUUCCUCACAUCCUUGCUGCAUCUCAUUUCCUUCCACUUAACUCUCCUAAAUGAUCUUUUAAAAGAAUUCAAAAAUGAUGAAAAAUUAAAUUGUAACAGGUACAUGCAGGUGGGAUGCUCCAGGAUCAAGAUCAUCGAAAUUGCCUUCAAUUUGCUGUUGAAAAUGUUUAAAGAGAUCAGAGAAAUUCCCUUCAUUUCCUCUCUCAUCGAUUAUGUGAACUUGAUUGUGGAUACUUACGAUCACAUACCAGACGUAGAAAUUAAGAAGAAAAUUUUGUCUCUCUGUAGAUGUCUGUAUAGUAACAACUCCGAUGGGAGUCGGACCCAUUUGGCGUCCCUCCCAGAAUUGACCAAUUUGCUAAGCAGGAAGAGGAACAACUAUUUGGCGCUAACCAAGGAGAAAGACAUAAACAUGGGUUACCUGCGCAGCUCCUCCUAUAUUUACGUCUCUGAAAGUCACCUGUUCAUCAGCACAUUUAGCGCCACAGAGGGGGAUCAGACAAACGUAACAAAUGGGACAAACGGGUCAACUACCCACACCAACCAUGGGGAUGCCCCCACUCAUCAGACUGAUGAUGUCUCCCCAAGUAGUCCGAAAGACAAAGUUGUUUUGACUCCCAACGGGUUCAGGGGAUGUUUGCUGCUGAACUUCUUUUACGCCUACUUUUACAACACCCAAAAUAAGUUGCUCAUCGUUUUGUGUUACGACCAAGUGAAGGUGCGCAAGGACCCUGGGGGGAAGAUGCUCGUUUUUCGUUGCUCGCGGAUGGACGCGUUGGGCGCACUGUCAAACAAGCUACGGACACAGUACGAAGGCCGCCUCCUGGACCACAUAGAAAUCUGCGUAAGGUUCCGCUCAGAGUCGAUUAAGAAUAAAAUGUUCGAUGUCAUUUCGGAGGUAAUUUCGAUUGAGUGUAACGAACCUGAGAACGGUGAGGAGGUGAAGGACGAGUCGGAUGAGACCUGUCUUCGGGAAGGGGCUCCGCACGAGACAAAGCUGAAAGGAGACAACAAGGGUGCGAAUAGUUCCGACGGGGACAACUCAGAUAGUCGCACCUACUGUGUCAGUGGGGACGAAAUAUUCGAAGAAGAAAAAUUGAAACGCAGAAAAGUAAGCUUUGCCUCCAUGAAGGAAAUAUGCCUAAUGGACUAUCGCACGUCGAUGGGAACGAAAACCUUACUUCUGGAUGAGUCCCUAAAUGGGAUGGACAGACACGACGAUGAGGGGGUCUCCGAUUUGACGGAUGAAGAGAACAAGAAGGUUCUAACUGCUCCGGAGGAAUCAACUAGUUGCCCGAGCGUCGGUAAGGCCAGCUCAUUAGGAGGACUGCAUACUGAAGAGGGGGGCACGAGCCAUGCAGAUUGGGUAAGCGAAGCAGGUGGGAUGAUCGAGGCAGAUGACACUCUUGACCCCGGGGGGAGAGACAGUGGUGAAUCACACGGAGGAAUGCGCAGCAAGGUGAGCUACGCAACGACGAAGGAUUUGCAACACGCGGAGGGAGUAGAAGGCGAGGCUGCUAUUCUUGAGGAUGAUGAUUUGUUUGCAGAGAACCCAUUCUGCAGUGUGUUGUCAGAGAGCAGGAAAAAUCUCGGCGAAGGGGGUGAACUGCCAAAUGGUCAACAGAUAUACGAAUUGAAAAACAGCAAAAGGGUAAAGGAAGCAAGUGGAUGUGAGGACCCACUGAACGAGUUCUUCAUUCUCUCGGAUAUCAACAAAAUAUGUGAACAAGUCACCAUUGGGAAGAAGAGCCAAGGGGGAGAGGAUGAUGAUGAGAUAGGUGGUGGCAACCAUUCAGGAGAAGAAAAUGAGCAAAGUUGCAGAAGUAUACACCCGAUGUGUUUCGCAGAUGAUGGGACGAAGCUACUAUUCAGUGAGCCUGCCACCAAAUUGGAUGAAGGCAUGGAAGAUUCAAGAGGGAAGAACAAAUCAAAUGGUAACUACUUCCCGCAGAGGAGCUAUAGCCAUGGCAACAUCCCCCAAGGGAAGGAAAAAAAAAAAGGGGAAAAUUGCCCUCCCUACGAUAUAAAAGAAUUUAUGAUUAAAAAUGGGAUUGAGAAAGAUGUAGGAGAGGAAGGAGGUGAUGGAUGUGAUGCUUUAGGAAGCUUCCUGACGACUGAUCUGUGGAAAGGAAGCAAGAAUAGGGGUGGUAACAGCACCCUCAAGUCACCACCCGAAAUUGUUAAACAGCUACUCAACUAUGGCGCGAAACAGAAACAGAAUGAUGAGUACAUACAAAGUUUGUCAAAGCCACAAGUGAACGGCACACCUGGGGGGACGCAGCCGGGGGACCUGAAAGGGAACUUGCACCGCAUUGAUCACAGGGUGAUGCGCAAUCGGGAGGAGGGGGACAGGGCUAGACAAAGGGUAAAGGAAGAGGAAACUGUUAAUAGAAGCGGUUGCAUUUUACGGGAAGGACGAAGCUAUCAAGCGGGCACCCCUGUAAAUUUGGACGAAAGGGACACCCCGAGCGAAGAAAAGUUUCCGGUCGCAGGGUGCCCAAGGAAAAAAUGCCACGACGAGGGAAGGACCGGAGAAUAUUCCGAAGUGGUGAACAUUGAGGGAGAGGAUGAAGCGAGUAACGAAAUGAUCUUACGUGAUUACCCGGUGGGGGAAGAAAUGGACGGCAAUUGCAGGGAACACCGCUGCGGGAAUGAAUCCUCCAGGAUAAGGAGUAACCCCACCGUGAAAGAAACACACCACAUCGACAAACCCAGCUCAAGUUGCAAAAGUAAAAAAAGAAUCGCAACGAAUGAGGCCAACACAACGAACGGAACAUCCUGCACCAUUAACGAUUACGCAGCAAAGAGUAACCACCCGGAUUCACCCUAUCCAGUGAAAAAAACAAAAUAUAAUUACCACGACCCAAAACUUUUAAACUUGCUAAAAAAUGAAGAAAACUUGGACAAGUUAAGUGCUAAAUAUUUGAUUAAGGCUUAUACAAUAAUUCAGUAUAACCGCAGAAACACACACAUACAAAUAGCUGAUUGUUUCCGGAGCGUGAGGAAGGAAAUUACGACGUCGUUUGAGUGCAUUAACAGCAAGUACGUAGCUUGGUUAAAAGAACUGCAACAGAAAUUUGCUGGGAGACUUGAGCGAAUUGUUUCAAGGCACUCCUACAUGCUCCUAAUUAAUAAGAGACGGACUGGACAAAUUAAUGUAGAAACACUGCCCACUCCCAUCGACCUCCAAAUUAUUUCCACGAAAAUGAAUACACUGCAGGACACACUUAACAUAGUGCAAAGAACUAUGAAGGAUAAAAUUAAAAAUAUGCAAAUUUUGAUGGCGUACAAGGAGAGUGAUGUGUAUACUUCGUCCCUUUCGCUGAACACCCUCCUGUCCCGGUGCUCCACGCAGCGCCGUAGGGAGGGAGCCGGAGAUGAGCAAAACGGUGGUGCGGAACAGAGCGGCGGAGAGAAGUGCAGGGACCGCAAAAAUGAUGGCAGUCGUGCCGAGUCCCUGUGA